UGCCACUGAAUUUUAUUCUCGUGAGAUGGUCACGUUACACACUAUGGGCGGACGUGACAAAUUCUAGGCUGACGGGCCAAAGCAUGAGGUCGUAACAGCGUGUGGCAGGCAUGCUUUUACGCUUGGCGGACCAACACAUUCCCCAAUUCGCUUUGAUGAAAGUACCAUCGUCGCUUGUCGUCGCUGCCGCGUUCGCCGCCUCGUCCGUGGCGGCGCUGGACGCCAAGUUCUACGGCAUCAAUUACGACACCCGUACCUCGGAGUGGGGUGGGUGCAAGGAUUUCCACACGAUCGCCGAGGACUUCACAGUUCUCAAGGAAGUCACCGACUACGUCCGAAUCUACUCGAUGAACUUUGACUGCACCAAGCGCGUGCUCGAAGCCGCCGACAACCGCGGGCUCAAGGUCUGGCUCGGCAUGUGGAGCGAGGUCGGCACGUCCGACGUGCACGACUCGUUCCCAUCAGAAAUGGCCAACUUGAAGGCGCUCGUGGAGCAAACCCAAGCGAUCCGCAACGACAACGUCCUCGGCAUCCAAGUGUCGAGCGAAGCCUUGUACCGGUACUACGUACAAGGGCUGGGCAACACAACCGGCAGCAGCGACCGCCACGGCAUCGACACCAUCCGCAGCCACCUCGACGAAGCGCGCAGCUACCUCCGCGGCCGCGGCUUCACGUUCCCCGUCGUGAUCACCGACAUCAUGGACAUGUACUCAAAGUUCCCCGAGUUGUACGAAGCCGUGGACGUGGUCUCUGUGAACCAGUUUUCGUUCUGGCAGCACAUUUCACCAGAAGACGGCGCGCACUUUACGUUCACGCGCUUCCAGGAAGAACAGACCCGCGCCAAGCGCGCCGGCAAGCUCAUCGAGCUGCAUGAGACCGGCUGGAGCGCAGCGGGUGAGAACCCAGUGGUCACGGAGGCGUCUCCCCGGGCCCAAGGCGUGUUCACGCAGGACUUUCUGACCCUGGCGGCGCGCCAGAACCUCAACACGUUCUACUUUUCCGCGUUCGACUUGACGUUUGGGACGAGCGAGAUUGAACGCAACUUUGGCAUUCACUACGCUAACCGCGUGAUGAAGCCAGAGGUGAAGGCCGCCCACGUCGGCGCGCCGCUCCAAGCGGUCCGCCUCUGGGCUGGAGGCAACGUGAUCAAGGCGCACCGCCACUGGAACGCCGACGACUCGGUCAACGAGAAGGUUGGCCGCGUGUAUGCUGCGAAGCCAUCGGUCGGUCGAUCGGGCGUCUUGGACGACGAGAUUUGGCUGUGGGAUGCCGAGUCUAGCAUCUUGUACUCCAAGAGCUCGAAUGUGUGCUUGGACUCAUAUGGGGACCUCAACACGCAGACUCUGCACACGUACUACUGCUCGAAAGCGAACCGCAACCAAAAGUGGAGUGUCGCGAACGGCAACAUUGCGAGCCAGAACGACGCCAACUUUUGCAUCGACGUGGACGUGAACCGCCCAACGACCCCCGACGGGAACCUCGUGGUCGCGAUGUACCGGUGUAAUGGGCACCCGAACCAGCUCAUCUCGAUGGUCCCGGCGGCCGACGAACCGCUUGAGAUUGGUAUCAAAACGAACGGCGGCGUGCUGACCGAGUGGUACGGCAAAGUGACGUGGGAAACCAACCGCAAGGACAACGCCGACUGCCACCAGUGGUUCUAUGACCCCGUGACCCAGCUGAUUGCGAGCAAGUCGCACCGCGGCAUGUGCUUGGACGCGUACGAGCGCAAGAACGACGGCGCUGUGCACUUGUACUAUUGCAAUGCCGCCAACAUCAACCAGAAGUGGGUCGUGAAUGAUAUCACGGGCCAGAUCCACCAUGCUACGCAUAUUGGGUUUUGCCUCGACGGUCCCGACAACGCUAACGGCCUCGUGCACUUGUGGUCGUGUUACAAAACUGAGGCCAAUCAACAGUGGAGCAUCAAGCCCGUCAAGGCCUUGGCGUAGGACGACAGCAUAUAAGCAUGAAUAUUGACUGUAGUUAUCACGUUAACGUUCAUUCGAAGGGAGUAGUUUUGUUGGAUCACAAUCCCUAGGGCAGUAGUAGGGACAGUCAAUAUAGAUAUGUAAUCUUAUAUGUAGGCAGUCACCUGACUUUGUUUUCCC